GCUGUUGCCGAAUUUUAAUGCGCGGCUUGUGCGAUUCGUGGCAAUAAAUUGUCAAAGGAAAAUGAAUGAUUAAGCAUUAAUAAUAUCCAUACUAUAUCACGCUCCGAAUUGUUAAUAAUUUCGUGUCUUCAAGAUAAGAUACGCCGUAAUUAUGGGAAUUUUGGGCCUCUCCAAAUUAAUUGCCGACAUCGCUCCUCAUGCCAUCAAAGAACAAGAACUAAAACAUUAUUUCGGUCGCAAAAUAGCUAUCGAUGCUUCUAUGUGUCUUUACCAAUUUCUCAUAGCAGUGCGGACCGAAGGGGCCCAACUUACCUCCGUUGAUGGAGAAACUACAAGUCAUCUUAUGGGAACAUUUUAUAGAACCAUAAGAUUAGUCGAGCAAGGUAUAAAACCGGUCUAUGUGUUUGAUGGUAAACCACCAGACUUAAAAGGUGGUGAGUUAACGAAACGUGCAGAAAGGAGGGAGGAAGCGGAGAAACUUCUGCAAGCUGCUCAGGAAGCAGGAAAUAUCGAAGAUAUGGAUAAAUUUAACAGGCGCUUGGUAAAGGUGACCAAGAACCAUGCCGAGGAGGCAAAGCAAUUAUUGAAACUAAUGGGGAUCCCUUAUGUUGAUGCUCCUUGCGAAGCAGAAGCUCAGUGUGCCGCUUUGGUGAAAGCAGGGAAAGUUUUCGCAACUGCUACGGAAGAUAUGGAUGCCCUCACUUUCGGUUGCAACGUCUUACUUCGUCGUUUAACAUUCAGCGAGGCCAGAAAAAUGCCCAUUCAAGAGUUCCAUUAUGACAAAGUUUUGUGCGACUUGAACUUAAAUAAGGACGAAUUCAUAGAUCUUUGCAUAAUGUUGGGAUGUGAUUAUACACACAGCAUCAAAGGAAUAGGGCCGAAAAGGGCCAUGGAAUUAAUCCAGACCCAUAGAUCUCUCGAAAAGAUUCUCGAAAAUUUGGAUAAAAAAAAGUUCCCAAUACCCGAAGAUUGGAAUUACAAGCAAGCUAGACUGUUAUUUCAAGAACCUGAAGUAUUGAACCCUGAUGAAGUCGAGCUGAAAUGGAAUGAACCGGACGAAGAGGGACUGGUUAAAUAUUUGUGCGAGGAUAAGCAGUUUAACGAGGACAGGGUCAGAAAUGGAGCAAAAAAACUCUUGAAAGCCCGCAACACUUCGACUCAAGGUCGACUAGAUUCGUUCUUCAAGGUAUUGCCAAAUCCAAACCCGAGUCCAAGUGCUGCAAAACGUAAGGCCGACGAGAAGAAAGCACCAGCAAAGAAAGGGAAAGCUGGAGGUGGAGGCAAAUUCCGUGGGAAAGCUAAGUGAAUCAACUUCGAAAUAAUCAAUAGGCGUGAUUGUUAAUUCACGUGAUAGAAGUGUAAGUACCGCAGGUUCUCUCCAGUUAUUGUAUUUAUUUGAUAAAAUAGACUCUAUAGAUUUGUAAAAACAUAUGGGAAAGCCAAGUGAAUCAACUUUAAAAUAAUCAUUAGACGUGAUUGUUAAUUCACGUGAUAGAAGUGUAAGUACCGCAGGUUCUCUCCAGUUAUUGUAUUUAUUUGAUAAAAUAGACUCUAUAGAUUUGUAAAAACAUAUGGGAAAGCCAAGUGAAUCAACUUUAAAAUAAUCAUUAGACGUGAUUGUUAAUUUACGUGAUAGAAGUGUAUGUACCGCGCGUUCUCUCCAGUCAUUGUAUUUAUUUGAUAAAAUAGACUAUAAAGAUUUGUAAAAA